AGGAGAACAUACCGAACAAUUCUAUUCAUUCUACCAAAAACACAAGGUUCAAAAUUGACUCAAAAUGGCUUCUUUGAAUUAUCGCGAGGAGUUCAAAAAUAUUCUUCAAAAGCUUAUCGAUUCCCCCAAUGAACAACACGACCCAUUGACAAAUUUUAUUGGAAAUGAAUUUGCAAGAUCGGAGAAAUUAAUGGACUCAGUUAAUCCUUCGACUGGAAAACCUUGGAUCAAAAUACCAGACGGGACUGCGAGAGAAGUAGAUCAAGCGGUUGAAGCCGCUAAAGAAGCGUUCAAAACCUGGAAAAAAACAACAGUGCAGCAACGAUCAGCACUUCUCAAUAAAGUUGCUAAUCUCAUAGAGGAGUUUAACGAUGAUAUCGCUAUUUUGGAGAGCCGUGACCAAGGAAAGCCAAUUGGACUGGCUAAAGUGAUGGAUAUUCCUCGUUGUGUGCAAAACUUUAGAGAUUUUGCAAAUGCUGCUCUUUACUCCCUAUCAACUUCAACCAUUCUCGAGCAACCUACAGGAAAAUUUGUUAACUAUGUGAAAAAUGACCCUGUAGGUGUUGCUGGUCUUAUUAGCCCAUGGAACCUUCCCCUUUACUUGCUUUCGUUCAAAUUGGCUCCCGCAUUGGUGGCUGGAAACACAGUAGUUUGUAAACCAAGUGAGAUGACUAGUGUUACUGCAUGGGUUUUAAUGCAUGCAUUCAAACUAGUUGGAUUUCCUCCUGGUGUCGUAAAUAUGGUGAUUGGCGAAGGAAAAAGUGCUGGACAACGAUUGGUUGAUCAUGUCGAUGUUCCACUCAUUAGUUUCACUGGGAGCACGGUAAUAGGAAAGAAAAUCCAAGAAGAUGGUGCGAAGCUCAAUAAAAAAGUGUCUCUGGAGAUGGGAGGGAAGAAUCCUGGAAUAGUUUACUCUAAUUACCGAAAGUCGGAUAUUGCUUCAAUUGCAAGGUCCUCAUUUCUCAACCAAGGAGAAAUUUGUCUCUGCACAAGUCGGCUUUUUGUGCAAAAACCAAUUUUUGCUGACUUCGUUAAAAGUUAUGUAGAAGAAGCUAAGAAGUUUACUGUGGGAGAUCCAACUACUCAAGUUCAAAUCGGAGCCAUGAAUUCAAAAGUGCACUACGAGAAAGUGAAAAGCUACAUUGAGCUUGCCAAAAAAGAAGGCGCCGAUAUUCUUUGUGGAGGCGUGACGACCAUUCAAAAUGGGUGUGAGAAUGGCUAUUUUAUUACACCUACAGUAAUUGUUGGUUUGCAUGACGCUUCGAAAGUUAUGACAGAUGAAAUAUUUGGUCCAGUUGUGUGCAUCACGCCCUUCGACACAGCGGAGGAAGUAAUUGAACGCGCAAACUCCACUCCCUAUGGCUUGUCAGCAACAGUUUGGAGUUCAGAUAGUGAUGAAUUGUUAAACACGGCCAACGAGCUGAGAGCCGGAACAGUUUGGUGCAACACUUGGCUGGCUCGCGACCUGAGCAUGCCGUUUGGUGGAUGUAAGCAAUCUGGAAAUGGAAGAGAAGGUCUCCACGACUCACUCCACUUUUACUCCGAUGCAAAAACUGUUUGUGUGAAUAUUGCUGCUAAGUACUAACUUAUCAUGAAUCGCAACCGUUUAUUGUAAAAUCCAAUUUAGCUCAUAAUAUAUAAAUAUUUUCUUUCG